GAAAUCGAUAGAACUUCAUUGGAAGAUGAAUUGUCUUCAGAUAUGUUGACAUUGUUGUUAACUUUAAAUACUUCUCGUGAUCUUAAUCGAGAAAGUGACGCUAGACCAAUGAUUGAAGAUGACGUUCGCGCUAUCAUCUACGAAAUAUUUGGUGGUGGCAGUGAUACUACAUCCAAUUCAUUUUGUUAUGUGAUUUAUUAUAUUUCACACUAUAAUGAAGUCAGAAAAGCUAUGCUUAAAGAAUUAGAAACAGUACUUGGCAACGAUCAAAUUACUUAUGAAAACCUUCAAAAGUUACAUUACUGUGAUGCAAUUAUUAAAGAAGUAUUUCGAAUUAUGCCAACAGUGUCAGUUAUAUUCCGAGUAAAUGCGAAGCCUGAUGAAAUUGAUGGACAUCAUUUUGAAAGUUCUACGACAUUUAUGAUCAAUGUGCCUGGUAUUCAUAUGCAUAGUGCACAUUGGGACAAUCCUCGAAAUUUCGAUCCUCAAAGAUUUAUGGGUAAAAAUACUGAAGGAAAUACUUUUCUUCCGUUCGGUGGUGGCACAAGGAUAUGUCCGGGAAAGCAAUUAGCAAUGCUGCAAAUGAAAGCUUUGAUCACUUUAUUAUACAGAAAGUACGAUGUCGAAUUGGCUGACAUGAACGCUCCCAUUAAGUAUUGUUCUACAACCGUUAACCAUUGUUCAGAACUUAUUAUUAAAAUUAGAUUAAGAUCUGAAG